AUGUCACUCAAUCUUUUUCCCCGGUGGCUUCCUCGUAGUCUCACCGGGACUACCGGAGUACUCUCUACCUGCCGAUGGAAUUCCACGUCUUCAGCAGCAUCGCCAUUGAGUGCUUUUACUGCUCAAACCCAAUCCACCGGGACUGCACAAAAGUCGCGGCUGACAGAUGAUCUAGAGUCGAGAUUGCUAAGCCGUCGUCGACUUCCGAAUCGGCAGAGAUUCCUGGAGGAGCAGAAAGCCCAGGGAGAAAGUCGAGUCUUGGAGAGGUUUCAGACUCGUGAAUGGAAAGCAGGCGAUGUCUAUGCUCCACAUGAUCUGAGCCCAGCAGAAAUGAAGAAAUGGUCGAAGCGCCACAGCCCGAACUCUGAUGCGUUUGAUGCAUUGAACAUGAAUCCGCUGGAUCAGUACAAGUUUGCUAAUCAAGUACGCUUCACUGGUCAGAAUUUCUCCAUCAUGUCUGAAUAUAUGACGCCAAUGGGCCGUAUCAAGCACCGCAGCCAAACUGGGUUGCGUCCAGUGAACCAGCGGAAAAUCGCAAAAGCAAUCCGACGAGCGAUCGAGUACAUCUGGGCCGCCAGCCCCUCCACAACAAGAGGUCAGCCAACUCAGCUUGCUUCUGAUGCCAAAGGCGAGCGACUUGCGUAUGCGUCAAACAAAUCUAUAUUCCUUCGCUCAAUCGACAACCCCACCAUCGCAAAGCAGUAUACAGAGCAUAAAGCCCAGACCACAGUUGCUCGUUUCUCACCAUCCGGAUUUUAUGUCGCUAGCGGCGAUGCAUCAGGUACCGUGAGGGUCUGGGACUGCGUUGGAGAAGGGAUUACCAAGGGCGAGUACCCCAUUGUUACUGGUCGCAUUAAUGACCUUGCGUGGGAUGGUGAUUCGCAGCGUAUCAUCGCCGUUGGUGAUGGCAAACAAAGAUAUGGACACUGUUUCACUGCAGACAGCGGAAACAGUGUUGGCGAAAUCUAUGGACAUACCCAGCCCAUCAAUUCCGUGUCAAUCAGGCAACAGCGGCCUCUGAGAGCUGCUGCUGCCGGAGACGACAAAACUCUCGUGUUCUACCACGGCGCCCCGUUCAAAUUCAACACAGGGAUUCGCGACAAACACACUAAUUACAUCUAUGGCGUCGCCUUCAGUCCCGAUGGCUCUCACCUGGUCAGCGUAGGCGGAGAUCGACGAAUCUGGCUGUACGAUGGCAAGACCGGGGAGCCAAAGGAGCAAAUUGGAGAAGGAGAACAUAAAGGAAGUAUAUUCGGUGUCUCAUGGUCGAGCGAUUCGCGAAGGUUUGUAACAGCUAGUGCUGAUAGGACGGUGAAGAUCUGGGAUGUGGAAACAGGCAAGGUCACUCAGAACUGGACCCUGGGGGAGGAGGGCACUGUGAAUCCCCAGGAUCACCAGGUCGGUGUCGUUUGGCCACCAGGCCGAAGCGAUGGGCUCAUCAUCAGCUUGUCCCUCAGUGGAGACCUGAACUAUCUGGUUGAAGGGACACCCAAGCCUAGACAAGUUCUCCAGGGUCACCAGAAGAACAUCACGUCAUUGACGCAAUUCAAGUCGGAUGACGGUAAUGAGACCCUCUGGUCUGGAAGCUUUGAGGGGCGCCAUUCCGGCUACAUCUCAGGUCUCACAACGACUCCGGAAGGCAAGGGGAGGAUAUACAGCGUCGGCUGGGACGAUACACUGCGCUCUGUUGAUAUCAGCGCCAAAACAUAUACGGGAAGCGCAACAAAGCUAUCAAGUCAGCCAAAGGGUGUUGCUGCUGGGGCAGAGACAGUUCUCGUGGCCAACUCAGAAGGCAUCGAGAUAUACAAAGAUGGAAAGAAAGUCGGGGACUUCAGCGUAGCAGCUAGCGUAACUGCGGUCGCUGCGCAUGGAAGCACUGCAGCAAUUGGAGCAGAAGAUUCUUCGAUUCGGAUCGGCACCGUCGCAGGUUCGACCUUGACGCCUAAGACCGAGAUCAAGGCGUCACGCAAUCUGAUAUCCGCUUUGGCAUUUUCUCCUGAUGGCUCUCUCCUGGCAGCUGGAGAUUCUCGUGGUCGAGUUCUAGUGUUCAAGGUCGCUGACGGCAGUCUGGUCACCGACCGCUGGACCGCUCAUACCGCUCGAAUCACCUCAAUUGCAUGGAACGAGAAGGGCACCCAUGUGGUAAGUGGGGCUUUGGAUACGAAUAUCUUUGUCUGGAGCCUGGCCAAUCCUGGAGAUUGGAUCCAAGUUCCCAAUGCCCACAAGGAGGGUGUCAAUGGUGUUGCUUGGAUUGCUGGGGGAACAAAGAUCGCUUCAGCUGGUGCUGAUGCAACAAUCAAGCUAGAUAUAGAUGCUGAAACCGAGGCCUUAGCAGGCCAUGAUAUGGACAUGGCCCUGACAGCGACAGUCAGAAAAGUGCUGCCGAAUGGAAAUGAGGACAUCGGAGCGGUCGUCCUCAGACUCCCGCAUGUUGCGGCCCAAACUUGCCUUGGCUGCUUCCUGAUUUUUGCUGACUCGGUAUUGCAGUUGCGGCAGGCAACCUUCGUCCUUCCCAAAACUGGCCAACGGUUGAAAGGUCUUGUUAAUCUCAGCAGCCGCGAUUCGACGGAGAACGGCAACCAUGAAGAGCAACGACCGUUACUCGCCGAGGAGGACGGUGAGGCUGUCCACCAGCCAGAUACCUUCUCAAGAUUUCGUGACCCAAUGUCCGCGAUGUGGAAACGUGCGUAUGGCUUUGCAACGUCGGAGUUAGGAAAGGGAGUUCUCAAGUGCAGCCUGGCGUAUCUCUUGGGAUCUCUUGCAACGUUUAUUCCGGCCAUCUCUGCGUUUCUCGGCCACCAAGAUGGAAAACAUGUGGUUGCGACCAUUACUGUCUACUUCCAUCCUGCACGGUCGAGGGGGAGUAUGUUCAAAGCCUUGAUCUGCGCUUUCCUGGCCUUUCUCUAUGCCGCCUUCAUCUCCAUCACCAGCAUGUGCGUGGCCAUGUUUUUCGAAGAUACUCUUGAUCUUCUCCCUGUCGGUCAUGCUGUGGUGCUCAUCGUCUUCUGCGGCGGUGGCUUGGGCUUUAUUGGGUGGAUAAAGCAAAGACUCAACGAUCCGUUGGUCAACGUUGCGUGCUCUUUGGCCUCACUUUCUACAAUUACCGUCCUAACGAAAGAAGGGGCCGUUCAAAAGGGAGCUCUAUCCUUCGCCAAAAUUUCCCAGGUCCUGAAAAUGCUGAUCAUGGGCGUAUGCGCCACAAUGGCUGUUUCUUUCCUCAUGUUUCCGAUAUCUGCGCGAAAAAAGCUCCGGUCCAACCUGAAAACAAUGACAAAUACGCUGGCAGUCAUGCUGGGGUGUGUCACCGAGAGUUUUCUCACUGGAUCCGAGGAUAAGUUGCAUGCCGCAGACUUUGUCGAUGCGUCUGCGCAGAACAAAAAAGCGUAUGGUCAGCUCGACAAGCUUGUGAAGGAGGCGAAGCUCGAACAUUUUGCGGCGGGUACCGAAAGGGAGUAUCGAUUGGAGAAGAGACUUGUUCGUUGUGUGCAAGACAUCGCUCAAAAUAUGGGAGGAUUGCAAAGUGCCGCAGCCCUACAGUUUCAGCUGCUCAGACAAGCUCAGUCUAGUACAGCGCCUACCCAGCAGGGCCACAGACCGUUUUCCGGGCAGAGGGGUUCAAUUACCUCCCCAGGUAUUUGGUCCGUUUACGAGGAACCAGUUAUGCUGGCCUCGAUAGAUGAAUCACCGGAAGAAGAGAUGUCAAAGCCAGACGAGGACCAGACUGGGCCCGUUUCGGCAUGGAACGAUCAUGGAGAGCUGCAGCCAGUCCUCUCGCCGCAGAGAAUGUUUGAGGUUUUCAUCGAUCAUCUCGGACCGUCUAUGCGGUCUCUUGCGUUCACUCUAAAGGAGAUAUUCGAAGAAAUUCCUUUUGGACCACCACCUGAAUAUAAGGUUUCUUUCAAUAGCCGAUAUCAGAUCAGUCUUGACCGUGCACUUGAACUGUAUCGGACCGCCAGAGAGGAGGCUCUUACGUCGAUUUAUCGACAGAAAGACUUUGCAAAGAUUAAAUCUUUUGAUGUUGAGGCUGAUCUCGAGGAAGUUUCUGCCAGCUGUGGCCUUUUCAGCUCCUCCCUUCUGGAAUUUGGAGAGCAGUUGAAAGAUGUAUUGGCAAUCCUAGACGAGCUGCAGCUUGAAGCUGAAGAACGGCCCAAAGGACGGUCAUGGAACUGGCUCAAGUUCUGGCGGCAUAUCAAUGUCGGGAAAAGUAACACCAACUCGCCAGAUACAGAACGCUUAGCUACCAAUUCCGCUGGGCAUGAUGAUGCUGCGGUGCGCCCCUUAAUUCGAAAAACUCCCUCCAGUAUGGAAAGUAGUUCUCUGGGAAUGCGUACAAAAGAUAGACUUGCCUAUCGUAUCUGGAAGUCUCUCAGCUUUUUGCGACGUGACGACACGAAAUUUGCCCUCAAAGUCGGUGCUGGUGCGGCUCUCUAUGCUCUGCCCUCUUUUCUUGCAUCUAGUCGGCCAAUAUACUCCCGGUGGAGAGGAGAGUGGGGUCUUCUGUCCUACAUGUUGGUUUGUUCCAUGACUAUUGGCGCCUCCAACACCACUGGAUAUGCUCGAUUCUUGGGUACAUGCCUGGGUGCCUGCUGCGCCAUUAUCUCGUGGUAUAUUUCUGCGGGAAACGUAUUCGGCCUAGCUUUCCUGGGCUGGCUGAUGGCUACGUGGACUGCUUAUAUUAUUCUAGUCAAGGGACAAGGCCCGAUGGGACGAUUCAUCAUGCUCACGUAUAACCUCUCAGUCUUGUACGCAUAUUCCCUGUCAAGGGAUGACAAUGACAACGACGACGACGAGGGAGGGGUACAUCCGAUUAUCACCGAAAUUGCACUGCACCGCGUUGUUGCUGUCUUGUCUGGCUGUAUUUGGGGCAUAAUAGUCACGCGCAUUAUCUGGCCCAUCAGCGCAAGAAAGAAGCUCAAGGAUGACUUAAGUCUACUCUGGCUCCAAAUGAGCUUGAUCUGGAAACGGGAUCCAUUAUCGACGAUGGUGAACGGAAAACCAGCGACCGCGUAUCUAAGCUCUAGGGAGAAGCUCCUAAUCGAGCGCUUCGUAUCUCAUCUCGAGGCUCUUCAGGUUGCUGCGCGGUCGGAAUUUGAGCUGAGAAGUCCAUUUCCCGAUGCUGCAUAUCGAAACAUGCUUAGCCGCACGAGACGCAUGCUGAAUGCGUUCUAUGCCAUGAACCUCGAGGUGUUAAAGAAUCUCUCGGCCUCUGAAGGUAAAAUUGCUCUGCUUCAAUACACAGCUCAAGAAAGACUCCAGCUAUCUGCUCGCAUCAGCCACCUGUUAUCGGGCAUCGCAUCUGAUCUUUUCUCAGUGCUGGCUUCAUCAAUGAGGCUUGAGUACCCAUUAAAUGAUGCCCUCCCUAGUAUCGAACAUGCCAGGGACAGGCUUUUGGCCCGCAUUUUUCAUUUUCGCCAGGACAAGACCGUGUCGUCCUUGACAACUGAUGGCGAUUACGCUUUGCUCUAUGCCUAUGUCCUCGUAACAGGCCAGCUCGGCAAUGAAAUUGUGGAGAUCAUCGGUGAAAUAAGUAGGCUCUUCGGUGUUUUGAGCGAAGAUGGCGAGAGUAAAUUGUAUCCUACUAUUGCCCAUUUGCAUUUGAAAGGCGUUGGCGCGUAG